UGUCGCCCGUCGCCGCCUUCGAAUCCGAGCUGUCGGAGGUUCUAAUAAAGAGACCCGACCCAUCUUUAAUCUUUACGGUGAACAAAGGGCGCAAUGUCUUCCUCAGCAACAGGCGAGCAAUUUUAUCUGCGCUACUACUCUGGUCACUCUGGGCGCUUCGGCCAUGAGUUCCUAGAGUUUGACUUUCGUGUCGUCGGAGACGGGAGAAGCGCAGUCGCGCGGUACGCGAACAACUCAAACUACCGAAAUGACAGCCUGAUCAGGAAAGAGAUGAGCAUCAGCUCUGUGGUUGUGGAUGAGAUCAAGCGGAUCAUAAAGUCGAGUGAAAUUCUUAAGGAAGAUGAUGUCAAGUGGCCACCGAAGAACAAGGAUGGAAAGCAAGAGCUUGAGAUCAAGAUCGGUAACGAUCACAUUUCGUUCGAGACUGCGAAAAUCGGAUCUCUCGUCGACGUCAACGAGUCUGCUGAUCCCGAGGGAUUGAGGGUGUUUUACUACCUCGUCCAAGACCUCAAAGCACUUGUGUUUAGCUUGAUUGCUCUGCACUUCAAGAUCAAGCCCAUCAACUAAAUAUACGAGUAUACUCAACACUAAACCGCAAUACUUCUGCAGUACGAUUUGCCUUGGAAGUUACGCAUCCCGUCGGUUGGUUUGUGUUGGAUUAUGCGACAUCAAUCAGCUGGGAGUAAGCAAAGCAGGUUACAUGAGGUGAUCCAUGUGCUUUCGGGGCGCAAUGGGAAACAGAAGGCCCGACUCAUGUCUCAAUAGACAAUUGGUUUCUCAAAUGGAAGAUUGAAGAAACGCAAGCCUUGCCCAUACUUAGGAGAAGGGCUCGGACGAAAGCAGCGGACGUCAAGACGGGUUGAGCUCUGACCUCGGCGCCAGCCGAACGGCACUACUUGAGAACCGCACGGAUUCCACUGGAGAAGACGCAACCGCGGCCCCUAGUAUAAUAAAUAGCUUUCAAUCGGAACUAGACUAGUCUAGCGAGCUUCCCAGCAUCGCAAGUCUCCCUCUUUGCUACCUGGCA